AUGGGCAGUGACAGUGGAGACAACGGCAAUCAAAAUGGCAGUGACGAUGGCGGCAGUGGUGAUCAAUGGAGCUGCUGCAAUGACGAUCAGACCUUGUUCAUUCUGCUGUACAUUGCGUUUAUUGCACUCGCGAUGAUUACCUGGAAGACUCUGAUUGCCAAACCGAUGCGUCUGAUGUCGACCUUUCUGCACGAAAUGAGCCAUGCCUGUGCCUGUUGGUUCACUGGAGGCGACGUGUACAACAUUGAAGUCUAUGACAAUGAAGGUGGUGUCACGCGCUAUGCCGGUGGAUGCCGCAGCCUGAUCAUUCCCGCCGGCUAUUGUGGCGUCAGUGUUUGGAGCAUGAUUUUCGUGAUAUUAUCUGGUGGAAGACGAACUGCCACGGUGGCAGCCAGUGUUUUGACCGGAGCUCUCCUGUUGGCACUCUGCUACUCGCCCAAUAAGACUUUGGUCUACAUUUCCUUGGCUUAUGCCUUGAUCAACUGCAUCUGCAUUUACAUUGAGUGGUGGGUAUAUACCCCCUUACUCCAAUUUCUCAUUUUGUUUUAUGGGGUCUGUGUUGGGAUCUUCGCCAUUGCAGACAUUUCAGAUGACACCAUUUUCCGAACAAUAGAACACUCGGAUGCAUAUGCAUGCUACAAGGAGGUGUGGCCCUGCUGCCUUCCAAAAUGCAUUGGCAUACAGUGGGCUAUAUUUGCUAUAUGCUGUCAACUGCUUGGCAUCUGGAUUGCAUUGGCUGAAAUGUCAGAUGAAUGCCAAGACAGCACUUGGUGGGGGUGCUUGGCCGACGGCGAUGGCGUCGAUUGGGGGGACCACGAAUGGGAUUUUGAAGGAUUCUGGGAGCAAGCAAGCCAAAACAUGGAAUGGGGCGGCGGUGAUGGUGGCAACUAG